AUGGAGCGGAAGGCGGUGGUGGUGUGCGCGCUCGUCGGCUUCCUCGGCGUCCUCUCCGCCGCGCUCGGAUUCGCCGCCGAGGGCACCCGCGUCAAGGUUUCAGAUGUGCAAACCGACUCUUCUCCAGGUGAAUGCAUAUACCCAAGAAGCCCCGCGUUAGGCCUUGGGUUGAUGUCUGCAGUUGCCCUUAUGGUCGCACAGGCUAUUAUAAAUACAGUUGCUGGUUGCAUCUGUUGUAAGAGGCAUCCAGUCCCCUCGGACACUAACUGGAGUGUGGCUCUGAUCUCAUUCAUUGUAUCUUGGGUGACCUUCAUAAUCGCGUUCCUUCUCCUGCUGACCGGAGCUGCACUGAACGACCAGAGGGGCCAGGAGAACAUGUACUUCGGCAGCUUCUGCUACGUGGUCAAGCCGGGGGUCUUCUCCGGAGGGGCGGUGCUCUCCCUCGCGAGCGUGGCCCUGGCCAUAGUCUACUACGUCGCCCUGACAUCGUCGAAAGGCCCGCCGAGCUGGGGGCCGCAGCAGAACCAGGGCAUCUCCAUGGGCCAGCCCGUGAUCCCGCAGCAGAGCAGCGAGCCGGUGUUCGUCCAUGAGGACACCUACAACCGGCAGCAGUUCCCAUGA